AUGGUUGGAGUGUCCAAGUGGAACGGUACCCUGUUGGGCACCCUCUUUGGCGCCCUGAUGCUGAACGCACUGUGUUGCCCCCAAUCGGCGCCUCGCGGAAGGAGCCUCUCCGAGCUGUCGGUUUAUCUGGCGUGUUAUACAGAACCAAGGAACCACCACUCCGAUGAAUACCAAACCCGCGAUAAUGACAUGGACGAACCCAAGGACCACCAUCGCAGAGGGAGCAACUAUAACCGUGGAGAUGCAUAUGAAAGGAAAAUUACAUCCGAAGACCAUGCGAAUAGAAUAGAAGGAUAUGAGUUAGACCCCGUGGAUAAAAACAAGCUUUGCGACAAAUGCAAAGCAUAUAAUAGAAUGCAGGAAAUAGAUGUCUAUCGAAAUGGAAACAAAAUGAAACUUCAACACGAAAAGGAUGCUUCAGUGUGUCAAGUAAAUCAACACAUUCUGGAAAAAUUCAAAAGCGAUGGUAGACCCCCAUUUGGAUGUACUCUCUGGGAUCUUUCCCAAAGCUUAUCGAACAAAGAAAUUUUAAAAAAGGUAACUUAUAUAGCGUUCGAUAUAAGCUUACGGAAAGCCUUCAUCGGGUACUACUACUUUAUCAUUUUCCUAAACAGAUGCUACUACAGAAUGAUGUAUAAAAUGAACAGGUGGUUUAUAAAUGUAGCAAACACACAUAACAUUCCUGAGGACACUCGAGUGGAAUACUGGGCGGAGUGUAGGAAGAAUCUUAUGAAGGAUCUGGCAGUGCUGGAGCAAAUAAGUAAAAAAUAUUUCGAUAUAUUUAUAAGAAGGGACCCCCGCGUGUGGGUUAUCCACUAUGAGUUUUGCUUGGAGAGCUGUAGAACAUUGUGGAAAAAGGCUAUGUUGGAAAACAGGGUAAAAUGGGGCCGCACAUUGGCCUUCUUGGUCAUCGAAUAUAGUAAUGAAAUGAGGCUCAUGCGAGAGGAACGAAGAAAAUGGAAGAGCAGAGAUAAACAUGACGACGAAGACGACGGAGAUAGCGACGACGGAGAUAGUGACGACGGAGAUAGUGACGACGGACGAAGCUACGAUAGACGCAGCGACGAUGGGCGCAGCAACAAAGGACGCAGCUACAACGGUGGCGAUCCGAAUUUUUGGUAA